AUGUGUAAAGCAUUCGUUCCUUUAUCAAAAGUUCCCAUAGAAGAAUUUCUAAAACCUAGGACUCGUAAAGGAAAAGAGCCGACUAAGUCACCUAAUGCAUUUAUUAUUUAUCGAAUACGUCGUGGCCAGGAAAUUCUGGAAAAUCGAAAACUACCCCAGCCGGACAUUUCUAAAAUGUUGGGUCAAGAAUGGGAAGAAAUGGAUUCAAGUAAGAAAAAUGAAUAUUUUGAAUAUGCCAAACGAGUUAAAGAGAAAUUUGACAAACGAGUUAAAGAAGCUAAGUUGGCUCAAAACAACAUAGUUGUUAAUGGCAAUAUCAGUAGCAAUCAAUGUCAAAUGACAGUUGAAAAUGACUCCUUGAUUAAUGCUCUUGUAUACGAGUCAAGCAUCAAUGAGAAACAACUCGUCGUUCAACAAAACGAAAUCCCUCAAGAGGUUAUUGAUUAUCAACAUUACGCAACUCCUGAAGAAAUUUAUCCUCUUGCAUACGAGUCAAGCAUCAAUGAGAAACAACUCGUCGCCCAACAAAACGAAAUUCCUCAAGAGGUUAUUGAAAGUGGUUCCUUGAAUAACUACGGAAGUCUUGAAGAGUCAAGCAUCGAUGAGAAUCAACUCGCCGCCCAACCAAACGGAAUCCCUCAAGCGGUUAUUGAAAGUGACUCCUUGAACAAUUAUCAACAGUAUGUAACUUUUGAAGGAAUUUCUCUUCUUGUAUCCAAUGAGAAUCAAGUCGUCACCCAACAAAAUGAAAUCCCUCAAGAGGUUAUUGAAAAUGGCUCUUUGAACAACUAUCAGCAAUACGAAAUUUAUCCUCCUGUAUCCGAACAAAACAUCAAUGAGAAUCAACUCGCCGCCCAACAAAACGAAAUCCCUCAAGAGGUUAUUGAAAGUGGUUCCUUGAAUAACUAUCAACAAUACGGUAGUCUUGAAGAGUCAAGCAUCAAUGAGAAUCAACUCGCCGCUCAACGAAAUGAAAUCCCUGAAGAGAUUAAUUCCAUAGUAUAUGGGACUGGUUAUUGUUUUACAAAUUUCGACUUUGCCUAA